AUGGGGUACAGGCAAUUCGUAGCUGACCUGAGGGCAGCGAAGGAGGCCAACAUCAACGAUGGCGUCAGGGAAAUUCGCACGGGAGAGUCUGAAGGAAGUGUGUCCUUCAAUUAUACACAUCAGAAGCUCGUGUCUCCUUUGGAGAUCCAAGUCUUGGACCAGAACAUCGACGAAUAUCCAGAAGGAUCCUCGUUCAUCCUCUUCACUUCCUCCGAUUGUACAGGGGACAGCGUCGUCUCAUUUCUCAGCCGCCUGGCACCCAAGCUCACAGGAAAGUCCGUGCAGGAGGUGAUAGCGAGCAUCGCGCAUCAUCUCACUGUUUUUAUUGAGAAUCCAGUCGACUCAAAGAACGAACCCUCCGAUGACGUUUUAAUGACGGACCACUCCUCGCAGUCUGACACGUGGGACGAAGAUGAUGAGGACGAGGAUUACGAGCACCAAGAUGACGACGCCUUUGGGCUAUCAGCAGGACUGCCACCAACUCGCCAGGAGCUUGAGAUAAUCAUUCCCCCAUGGCAGGACAAAACUGAGAGGCAACGGCAUGAUUUGGCACUAGCCAUUGACGCUGGCAUUUCUGUCGCCGUCGUGGGCGAUAGAUCCGGACAACUGGGUGAGAUUAUCGCUAUGUCCAUUAACGUCUCUCGCCUGGGCUUGACUGAUGACAUCCAUUCCAUCUGGGGUCUACGGAGCUCCGAUCAUAUCAUGCUUUUACUGCAAUUUCCCGCUUGCUAUCCUUCCCUCGCCGACUUUUUGACCCUCCAAUCCCACCAGGCGGUCUAUCGAGCACGACUCGGCAAAUGUGCUUCAAUCAAACCAUCCCUUUCCUCGGCACGAGCUGCUCUGUCGGCCAGCCAGUAUAGCCAUGGGGACGAGACAGAUGAUCCGAGCCAGAUGCUAGAAGGAGAGAUUCAACCGUCGGAUGCGGAUCAUCGAGUCGAGGAUGAUAAGUUCACCCCCUUGCAUCUCUUUAACUCCAUCACUACUCUGUUGAACCAAGAGUUCCCGGCCUUGUUGCGCACAAGGAGAGAACAUGGUCUUUCCUGGGACAGCGCACAAGAGCUUCUGCUUCGCCGUACCGAAGGCGCCCACGUUCGGGAUGCCAACUAUUUUGGGUCCGACGCCCAGCACAUCGCCGAUGCCCUCGAGAAGGACGAAAAGCAGCAACAGAUGCCGAAUCUUCCGCACAUUUUAGCUCAGGAUCACGCUUUAGAGGAUGAGGCGGCCUUCAGUAUCCCCCUCUCUAUGAUGUUAUUUUCCCUUCGCCGCCUGAUCCAGAGCGGCAAGUAUUGCGCCAGCUGCCACCAGCGAGUGACGGAUGGAUUCGAGGGCAUGAAGCCGUACGUUUGCUCUCGGCCUCUGUGCGUGGAUCAGUACUUCUCCUCCGGUAUGGCGCCCGGCAUUGAGCACGAUAUCAUCAAUUCGCCGGUUGUAGUGGAUCUUCUCAUCAGCUUCUUCUUUUCAGCCGUCAGCACCUCGAGGAUUCGUGAAGUCCCCAAGGGUUUGGGACUCCUUACGCUGUAUUCUGAGAAUUUGAUCAGUUAUCACGAGGAUCUCCACGCAACAGCGUACUUUGCCGAUAGAAGGGUUCAAGUGAAAACCGGUGGUACCCAGCUCAGGGUUGGUGAACGGGUUUUUCUGAUGGACGCAUCAUCUGAAACGGACCCAUUUUCGGACGUUCAAUCUUACCGUCUAUCCAGAUGCCUCUGCCGCGUCACGGCUCUUGAUCUUGAGGGGUUCAACUUUGAGAUAUGUGCUUUCUGGAAGAGUUCGAGUGCUAUGCCGGAACACCCCAAAACCCACCAGUCACUCUCCUUUACAACGACAUAUCUGGACGACGCUAGAAGCAAAAGAGAUGGGAGUACCUACGUACGGGUCCUUCGUUAUCAUCAUUUAUUAGACGACCUCGAAACAUCCAGUUGCUACUCAUCCCUCACCGUUAUGGCCUGCGGCAUCCCCCCAGUCUCCGAGAUGCGAGAGUUUCUUCUCGCAAAACCAGGACGACGCCUCUCCUCAUGGGAGAAAUUGGAUCACCAGACCUACAAGCUCCUCCACUGGAUCAUUGUGUCAAACCAGUCGCUAAUAAUACAAGACAGUCCUGGACCAGGUCAAUCUGCUGACGAAGAAGCCCCUUCAACGCGGCUAGUGGGAAUGCCAGAAAAUUGGAUGCAGUUCCGCUUUCUCCAGGGCUCGCCUGAAAAGGAGCUCACCUUCCAGCAAGAAAUUAAAUCCUCGUUUGAGGAGCAGCUGGCGCGCCGUGAGAAACCGUUUCCCACUAUCUUUGGGUGGCACGGUAGCCACGUUGGCAACUGGCACAGCAUAAUCCGAACGACCCUCGAUCAUAUCAAGAUAGAACAUGGGCGAUCGUUUGGUAACGGUGUAUAUCUCAGCAAGGACCUCAGCACAAGUGCUUCAUAUUCCGGUCUCAACGUUACCAUGGUCACUUCUCCCGAUUUGGUCAACCCACUACCGUAUUUUACCUGGCCGCAUUCCGUGCUACAGGUUGGUUCAGCAGUGGGAUGCUGCGAAAUCAUCAACCAACCCGGCCAAUUCGUCACUGCUGAGCCCUACUAUGUCGUCAACAAUAUCGACUGGAUCCAGUGCCGCUAUCUCUUCGUCCAUAUCAAUGUGAACACCCUGGCUGAGUCUGGUCUGCCUUUCCUUCAGCAGACAACUCGAGGCAGCCUCGGGAAGCUCAGACAGGAUCCUGCGCGGCAGCUUUUGGGGCCCUCAUCAAAACCCAUAGACAUGCCACGUUCAGCAGUUCCGAUUGAGCGAUUUAGAAUGUUCCCAUAUCUUGCGCCUAAAUGGAUCCUUGCUGGGGAGAACAAGAGCGAAGAGUGGGAUGUCACUGGAAGUUCCAAAGGAGUGGACGUCGACGGCAUUUUAGGCUAG